AUGUCUGUUGAUGAAGUUACACAAAAAUUGGAUGAAACCAAAUUAAAUGAAGACACCCCAAAGACAAUUUUAUCUGAUAGUACACAAUUUGAAUAUAAACAUCCAUUAAACACUAAAUGGACUUUAUGGUAUACAAAGCCAGCAGUAGAUAAAUCCGAAUCUUGGUCUGAUCUUCUGCGUCCCGUUACAUCCUUUGAAACUGUUGAAGAGUUUUGGGCAAUUUUUAAGAAUAUUCCUACACCAAUUGACCUUCCAUUAAAAUCAGAUUAUCAUGUCUUCCGUAAUGAUAUCAGACCAGAAUGGGAAGAUGAAGCUAACUCUAAGGGUGGUAAAUGGUCAUUCCAAGUUAGAGGUAAGAACAAUAAUGUUGAAGAAUUAUGGAUGAGAUCUUUAAUGGCUGUUAUUGGAGAAACUAUUGAUGAAGAUGAAUAUCAAAUUAAUGGUGUCGUUUUAAGUGUUAGAAAAGGUACAUAUAAAUUUGCAUUAUGGACUAAAUCUGAAGAUAGAGAACCAUUAUUUGAAAUUGGUAAGAAGUUCAAACAAGUAUUAAAAUUGAAUGACGAAAAUCAAUUAGAAUUCUUCCCACAUUCAAGUGCAAACAAUAAACACCCUCAGCCAUCUAUUACAUUGUAA